AUGUCUGAAAAACGGUUGAAACUCGCGGCCCAAGGACUACGCAAAACUGCUAUAAGUCUACAAGCUGCAGUUGUAAGCCUUCUACAAGCUGCAGAAGCUCUUACCGCUGAGACUGACGAAGGCUUGGUAGAUAAUAACCCGUUAGACGUUAAUCUUCAGGAACUCUUGAAAGGUAAUAUUAAUGGGGCUCUUAGUAAAUUGUUUGCUGAUGCUCUCAAUAACGAAGGCGAAACGCUAGACAAAGAUCAAAAGGCUCAACAAAAUGACAAACAGCCAGCAAAUGGUGUCAAGAGAUCUACACGUAAACCAAGACCGCCUCGUGACCCUAACGCACCUACGAAACCUCAGAACGCUUUCAUAUUGUUUCAAAAAGACGUUGCGAAUUCGGUAAAGGCGGAAAAUCAAGGUAAACCUUGGUCCGAAAUAGUGCAUCUGAUAAGUACCCGUUGGAAGGCUUUACCAAGAGACGAGAAAGAAGUAUAUGAACAUCAAUAUGAAGCAGCUAAACAACGCUUUGAAGUCGAAUAUAAAGCUUAUUUGGAAACUAAAGAUCAAGAAGCUGCUUCAUCGACAGCUGAUGUUAAUGGACAUGAAGAAAGUAAUAAUAAUUCGUCUAGUUCUACUACGCCAAACACGACGACAUCUACACCCCCUAGUAGUGAUGAUGAUGAAGCUAACCUUCAAACAAAAACUCGCUCAUCACAUUCUAAAUCGAAAUCAAUUGUACCUAUUAAAGAUGAUGCCCAUGAAGUGGAAGAAAAUGAAAAAUCUACUAAAAAAUCAAAGAAAAGAACCUCAAACGAUGAAGAACAUAAAAAAAUCAAGAAACACUUACGGGAUGAAAAGAGCAAAGAUGAUUUUGACGUAGGCGAAGAUGUGAAAUCUGAAAGAGAAGAUGGAAUUGGUGAAGAAUUCGAAUCAUCAUCUAAAAUGAAACAUAAGAAAAGGAGCAGAAAAACCAAGAAAUAUUAG